GAAAGUCUUGCGGAAGUGUUGGUGGCGUGGACUCCACUGCAAUUUGCUCUCUGAUUUUGAUUUCGGUUUAUUCCAUUUCAAAGUCCGUUAUUCCACCGCAACUCCUUCCCUUUUCUCCUGUUUGCCGACGGCGACCUGAAACAAAAGAGAUCGAGGCGGGUUCCUAUUGCCAAUGGCUUCCACGGAGGGUCUGGUCCCCAUAACCAGGGCUUUUCUCGCUUCUUAUUACGACACCUACAAUUUCCCUCCUCUCUCCGACGACAUCCCCCGCCUCUCCUCCGAGAUUCGCUCCCUCACCGCCGAUUUGCUCUCCAACUCUCCCGCCACUCCAGGAGAAGAGAGAUUAGUAAUGGAUGAGUUAGCGAGUCCGCCGCCGCAUAAAGUGGAUGAGAAUAUGUGGAAGAAUCGGGAGCAUAUGGAAGAGAUAGUCUUUUUACUUGACAGACCUCAUUGGCCUCAAUCGCUUCAAGAGCCUUCAAGUCCCGAGGAUGCUCAGCUUGCUACUGUUUUUACUCGCCUGCAUCAUAAGUUCAAUACGACCUUGAAGUCAUUGGAAUCGUUUCAAGCUAACAACUCUGAGCGUGUGUUCAAUACAGUUAUGACUUACAUUCCUCAAGAUUUUCGGGGGAGGCUUAUUAGACUGCAGAGGGAGCGAUCCGAGAGGAAUAAGCAAGCGGAGAUUGAUGCUAUGAUUAGUUCUGGGGCAAGUAUACGUGAUCGUUAUGCUCUCCUGUGGAAACAACAAAUGGAGAGGAGGAGACUGUUGGCACAGCUUGGCUCUGCUACUGGUGUCUACAAAACCCUUGUCAAGUACUUGGUUGGGGUUCCACAGGUUUUACUAGAUUUUGUUCGCCAAAUAAAUGAUGAUGAUGGGCCCAUGGAAGAGCAACGACAGCGUUAUGGACCGCCUUUGUACAGCCUUACAACUAUGGUGCUUCUUAUACGUCUGGCUAUUUUGCUGUCUCGGGGGCGGUUUGAAACUAGAAAAUUAAACAAGCAAGAGGUAGCUGUCUUGGAACAAGCUGUUGACGUCUACACCACUGAGUUUGAAAGGUUUAUUAGGUUUAUCAGUGAGGUUUUUGCGAAUUCGCCCUUCUUUAUUUCAGCAGAGGUUGCCGGUGCAUUAGAUGGAGGGAAUAAUGAUGAUUACAAAGAGACAACUGUUCCUGCCGGUAAAACACAUGAGGUUUCUCUGUCUGUGGACUCGAUAAAUUCGUAUAUUGCUUGGGAUUUUUCGCUUUUGCAAGGGAAGAUAAACUUGGAUAUCGGAUUUAGUGUGGAGUAUACAAAUGCGUCUGGGGUUAAAUCUCUCAUUUUACCUUACAAACGUUACGAGUCUGACCAAGGGAAUUUCUGCACGUGUGAGGCUGGAAACUACAAACUCAUUUGGGACAAUUCAUAUUCAAGUUUCUUUAAGAAGGUGCUGCGCUAUAAGGUAGAUUGUAUACCUCCAGUUGUUGAAACGGUACCUCCUGUUGAAGUUGAAGAAUGAGGAUGUUUAACACCACCUCAACUUGAAGAGGAUGUUUUAGCCUCAUCUGAUAGAUGCUAUCAGCAUUUAAUUUCUGUUGCUUUAAAUUGUAUCAUGUUAUUCAUUGUUCUUUGCGUUGCAUCUCCCAAGGUUGGUUGUCCAUAUUGAUAUCCAUCUUAUCAGGGAUGCUUUUGUUAAUUGAUGUUACAGAAUGUUGUAUCAUACCCUUUGUAUAUUUGACUGAUUACCUCAAUGUAUUCUUGAACAAUGCCUAUCAAAGUAUCA